CGCCUGCUUUUUAAAGCCAGCGGACUGCAUGUACGCUGUCAGGUUUAUGUUGGGUGGGAUUCGGUAGGGAGUUGUCAUUGUCUCCUUUCAUAUAUAUAUUUUUUUUCGCAUUGCCCCUCCAUUCCCUCUUUCAGUCCACGUUACUGUCAUACCAGUUCGCGUUUUAUUUCUUCAUUUUUAAGCCAUUUAGUUACCUCCUUUCAUUCAGAAUGUACAGGUAUUUAGGCGAGCUGCUGACUCGUGGAGCCAGCGGCACGCUGGCCUCUGGAUGCGCCGACUCCAUCCUGCCGGCUUCCGCGUCUUUGAUGCGGGUGCGUUGCUACAGCGAAGCCGUAGGAGAGAAGGAAGACGACCCCAACUUUUUUAAAAUGGUAGAGGGCUUCUUCGACCGUGGCGCCUCCAUCGUGGAAAACAAGCUGGUGGAGGACCUGAAGAGCAGAGAGACGCCGGAGCAGAAGAGGCAUCGGGUGCGGGGCAUCCUGAGGAUCAUUAAGCCGUGUAACCACGUCCUCAGCGUGUCGUUCCCCAUCAAGCGGGACAACGGCGAGUGGGAAGUGAUCGAGGGCUACCGGGCCCAGCACAGCCAGCACCGGACGCCGUGUAAAGGAGGUAUCCGAUACAGCACGGAUGUCUCCGUGGAUGAGGUGAAAGCCCUGGCCUCUCUGAUGACGUACAAGUGUGCAGUCGUGGAUGUGCCAUUUGGUGGAGCCAAGGCGGGAGUAAAAAUUAACCCCAGGAAUUACUCUGACAAUGAGCUGGAAAAAAUCACCAGGAGAUUCACCAUCGAGCUGGCCAAGAAGGGCUUCAUUGGGCCUGGCAUCGACGUCCCCGCCCCCGACAUGAGCACGGGCGAGAGGGAGAUGUCUUGGAUCGCCGACACGUAUGCAAACACAAUUGCCCACGGUGACAUCAACGCUCACGCUUGCGUCACAGGCAAGCCCAUCAGUCAGGGAGGGAUCCAUGGCAGGAUCUCGGCCACCGGCCGCGGAGUCUUCCACGGCAUCGAGAACUUCAUCAACGAGGCAUCAUACAUGGGCAUGGUGGGCCUGACACCUGGCUUUGCGGACAAAACGUUUAUCAUUCAGGGAUUCGGCAACGUGGGCCUGCACUCCAUGCGCUACUUGCACCGCUAUGGUGCCAAGUGUGUUGGUGUUGGUGAGGUGGAUGGCAACAUCUGGAACCCCGAUGGCAUCGACCCCAAAGAGCUGGAGGACUACAAACUGCAACAUGGUACCAUUGUGGGCUUCCCCAACGCCAAGCCCUACGAGGGCAACAUCCUGGAGGCCGACUGCGAUAUCCUGAUCCCGGCGGCCAGCGAGAAACAGCUCACCAGGAAGAACGCACACAACAUCAAGGCCAAGAUUAUUGCGGAAGGAGCUAACGGGCCCACAACCCCCGACGCUGAUAAGAUCUUCCUGGAGAGGAACAUCAUGGUCAUUCCGGACAUGUACCUGAAUGCGGGGGGGGUGACUGUCUCCUACUUUGAGUGGCUGAAGAACCUGAACCACGUGAGCUACGGCCGACUGACCUUCAAGUACGAGAGGGACUCCAACUACCACCUGCUCAUGUCCGUCCAGGAGAGCAUGGAGAGGAAGUUUGGGAAGCAAGGCGGACCCAUACCCAUCGUGCCCACAGCUGACUUCCAGGCCAGAGUGGCGGGCGCCUCCGAGAAGGACAUCGUGCACUCUGGCCUUGCCUACACCAUGGAGAGGUCUGCCAGGCAAAUCAUGCGCACAGCCAGCAAGUACAACCUGGGGCUGGACCUGAGGACAGCCGCGUACGUCAAUGCCAUCGAGAAGGUCUUCAAGGUGUACAACGAGGCUGGCCUGACCUUCACAUAGGCUGUCCCCCCCCCCCCCCCCCCCCCAAAACCCAAGUUUCCAUAUCAGUCUCUGCUCUUCUGUCGGCUUGUAAAACCUCCAUCCACGCCUCGAUUGCUUCUCCGUCAAAAGCGUGCUUUGCGAAAACAUGUUGGGCAGGUGCCAUGCCGUUAACAGACCACACGGUGCCAGCCUGAGGUCCGUCUGUCUGCGUUUGACUUCCUCUGAGGUUAGACUGUGGGAGUUUGCCGUCCUAGUUUCACAAACCCAGGCACGCUACAUCUGCACGACACAAACCGCAUCUUACCGCUUUGCUCUCGGCUCCUGGCAACCAUGUCGUAUUUCAGUGCCCACUUUCAUUUUAGCGCCAAAAGGUUUAGGGCUUUUAAGGCUCUGCCACAGUAGCCCAAGUGUCCAAAUGAGUUGAGUUGCUGUAUUAUGCACCUGUACAUUUAUAAAUCAGCUAUUUCUGUUAGAUGUUUUUGUGAAGUCAAUUCCGAACAGGACAUUUAAACGGUAGGGUGUUUGUGAACAGGUUGUUUCUUCUUUACUGAGGUCCUGUCCUGUCUUACAUGUCAUGAUUUUGUUUUGUUUUAUACUGCAUUUCGUUUUCGUCCCUCAAAGCCCCUUCAAAAUUCCAGCCUUCUCAGGUUUUAAAGGCAGGGCUUUUCGCUCUCUUGUAACCUUAGCUCUUAAAAGUUGGAGGUUCAACCCUUCAAGCUAAACUAGCACAUUUGUGUUUGUAUUGGAAUGUCAGUUGAGGCAGCUACAGAUGUAAAUACCAGAGACUUUGUUCGAACGUCAGGCAUUUUGGCAUCUUAAGCUCCACGAGGGCCAUUUUCUCCACCCUGUUUUGGUUAAAUUUAAUUUAUUUUCAUGGAAGAGAGAUGAGAAGAUUCUAUAAGGAAUACAUUUGGGAACAAUGACUCAUAUCCCCGUAUCCCCUACUUGGUCAUAUGAGACUCGAUUUGGACUCCUUGGGGAAAUUUUAUCGUUGCCUGUUUUCUUGAAAACAAAUAAAAUUGCAACAACAA